AUGGAUCUGAGAACGUUUAAAGAGGCUUCGGUGAGGGGUGGAAGGGCGUCGUUUGACUGGGAGAACGUGAAGAAUGACAAGUACAAAACCAACUAUCUUGGCCACUCGCUUAUGGCGCCUCAUCAGGGAAGAGGAGGCAGUAAAGACCCCAUUUGGUACUCGAAAGAGAAAGAUGGCGGUGGUGGUGGUGGAGAACAGAAGAAUGAAGGCGAGCAGUCGGAGCUCGAGAUGAUGAAAGAUAUGGAAAGAAAAGCCCUGGCAGAGUUACUGGGUUAUGAUCCUGCUGAUAUGGAAAAACUCGAGAAGAAAAAAGACGACAGAUCAAACUGUGAAGGCAGUUCACACCGGUCGCAGCGGUCGCAUCAUCAUCGGUCUAGUGACCGAGAUUCCAGUCGAGAACGACAUAGAAACCAUCACAGCCAUAGACGGCGUGAUCGGUCGAAUGAUCGCGAUAGUAAUAAAUCCACUCGUUCGCAUGAACCCAGAGAUAGACACCGAUCGCGAUCACGGUCCAGAUCACGGUCCAGAACCCGUGAACCUUCUCACAGAGAAUCCAGGCCACGAAGCAGAGACAGUCGAAAACGACAUUCUCACAGACAUCGCGACAGGAGCAGAGAGAGAAACAGAGAUCAGAGAGACCGAAGUCGUGACCGUCGCUAG